CCUAGCAGCACUAUAUAAAAUCUCACCUUCCACAAUUAUAUUCCGCCCAUUGCAAACACACUUCACUUUCUCUUCCUUCAUCAAAUCUUUAUUUUGAAAUCAACAUGAAGUUCAUACUCUUCCUUGCUUUAUUCUUGUUCCUCCAAAGAGCUCUUGGUGAUCUGAUAUGCGAGGAAUUACCAGUGGAAAUGUGUACGCUUUCAAUUGAUUCAAGUGGAAAGAGGUGUGUUCUGGAGAGUACCACGUCUGGUGAAGAAGGAAAGUUUGAAAUGCAGUGCCAGACUUCAGAAGUGUUUGCAAGUAACAAAAGGUUGCAGGAAUAUAUAGAGACAGAUGAAUGUGUUGGUGCAUGUGGGGUUGAUAGACAAUCUCUUGGGUUGUCUUCAGACUCACUUCUUGAUUCUAAAUUCAUUUCCAAGCUCUGUUCACAUCAGUGUUACAACAACUGUCCCAACAUUGUUGAUCUUUACUCCAAUUUGGCUUCUGCAGAAGGUGGUGCAGGGGUAUCAUUGCCAGAAAUGUGCUCGUCGCAGAAAACUGGUCUAGGCCGGGGAACUUCUAAGCUUCUAAGUUCAGGUGCUGCUGCUCCUGGCGGUUAUGGUGGUGGUCAAGUUUCUGCUGCAGCUCCUUCUCAAGAUGCUGCAGCUCCCUCUCAAAAUAAUGCAGCUCCUGUCGGUUAUGGUGGUGGUCAAGAUGCUGCAGCUCCUCAAAAAGCUGAAGCUCCUCCUCCUCAAAAUGCUGAAGCUCCUUCUCAAGAUGCUGCAGCUCCCCCUCCUUCUCAAUAUUGAGUUGGUUAAAUUGUAGUGCUCUUCCUAAUAAAUGUGUACAACACUCGCACACGUUCUAUAUGCCAACAUCUAUCACAAUUGUCACUUUUAAUGAUUUGAUGGAUAAAUUAAUCACUUGUAUUAAAUAGAGUCACUUGUGCAAUAUGGGAUAUAUAGUUGGUGUUUAUGUA